AGGAAGGAGGCGUGUGCCCGCGGCGCGGGCCGGCCCUGUGCGCGGCCUUGGGUGCCUAAUCGAGCGCGCGCUCCGCCCUCGGCCCACGGGGGACCGCGAACCUCCGAGACCAGCGAGCUCCAGUAAUCAGGCGCCGGCGCCCGCCCCCCUCUCCCCCCACCCCGGGGACGCGCCCUCGAGGCCCAGGCUGACGGGGCGUGCCGGCCGCGCGUUGGGUGGGGGUGGGAGGAGGGGUGGGGCGCCGGCGUGGGAAGGGGCGGUGGAAGGGCCCGCCCCUCCGCCCCGGCGCUGCAGGCGGCCGAGGCUCCACCCACUUCCUCCGGCAGGCUCCUGCUCCGAACAGCGCACCCGGGCUGCGGGGGGCUGGCCCCUCUGAAGAGUGCGCGGGAGGGGCGGUGGGCGUGUCGGUGGGAGGGGCGCCUACAGUGGGCCGCUUCCGGGUAAAGUGAACAGAGUAUGGCAGUCAUUCCAUCAGGCACCUAUGAUAAGAAAUUGGACUGUGGUAAUUCACCAUGGCUUAUGGUUUGACAAGAAAGAACACAGUGAAAACCAUAUUGCGGGGCAGUUGUUAUAAAGUACAGGAACCUUGGGAACUUGCUUUGCUUACAAAGACCUGGUACACGAACCUAGCCAGCAUCAAGUUGCGUUUCUUGGGAGAAGUUACAUUUGGUAGUUCUUUAUACCUCAAAAAAACUAAAACCAAGAGUGCUCUGCUGCCUUCUGCAGAAUCCAUCAAACUUGAAAGGGAGUAUGAAAUGAAGCGCUUAAAUAACUUGAAGUGUCAGGAGAACGCAGCUGAGGAAAUUCAGCUUUCCCUAAGAAAGAGGCAAGUUGGUUUGAGAAGACCUCUUCCACCUAAGUGGUCAUCAUCUCAUAAUUGAAUCUGUGCUGAGUGCUUUCCACAUCCAAGGCAAUG